AUCCCACUUCAGAGAGAGAUAUCUAGAAGAGCAGGAUGGAGGCCAGAGUGGUAGUACUCCUCGCCGUAUCAGCGGGGGUCUUCGCUGGGCCAUUAAAUCCUACAAAUAGAGAUGAUCCGUUUUCUUGCUCAACAAGGUGUACAGAUUCCAGCAAGUUCCGUUACCAGCCUGGCACGACGUACGAGUAUGGCUAUGAUGCUCAGACACAAACCUCCAUGGGUGGGGCAUCUGAGGAUCAGGCCAACAUCCGAAUCACUGCCAAGGCUAAAGUGGAAGUGCUCAGCAAAUGUGAAUUUGCUCUUAAGCUCACCAAUGUUGCCCUCUACAGAUCUGAUGCAGACAACCCAUCACGAUUAACACAUGGAGACAAUUCGGGAGAUUUCCAGCGUAGUUUAGAAUACUACCCCCUGAAAUUCUCUUUCCAAGAUGGAGUUGUGGACGAACUGUGUCCUGACGAAUCAGAAAGCCACUGGGCUCUGAACAUCAAGAGAGGAAUCCUGACGGCCUUUCAGAAUAGCAUGCGAGACCUCAGGAGGGACCAGAGAGUCCAUGAGACUGAUGUGACGGGUAGCUGUGUCACAGACUACUAUGUUACUCAACGUGGUUGGCAGUCGUUGACUGUCAAGAAAGUCAAGGCAUUAGAAGACUGCACUGAUCGCCAUGGUUACAAAACAGCCAUUCAUGCAAUGCCUUACAAGAUAGCCAGUGCCGUACAGUCGAUGCCACUGAUGAAGAGCAGUCACGAGUGUGACCAGGUGAUCAAGACGGGAGGUUACCUCCAGAAGAGCUCAUGUCGCGAGACGCACGUCUUCCGACCAUUCUCCAAGGACAACAAUGGCGCCAUCACCGAAUCUACACAAGUACUUGAGUUAUUAAGAUCAUACAAUUCCGUGUCAACCAGUAAAGGCUACAUCAGUAAACGAACCAAACUGACAUUUCAACAUGUGUACGGGACUCGAGAUGAAGACACGAAGAGGCGAGAUGCGAGUCAGAAACUUGAAGACUUGUGUCAAGCCUCGGCUGACGACAUCCGACCGGAGGUGCCCGGGAUGUUCUCGGAACUCGUUUACAUCAUGAGGGAGAUGGAUGCCAGGUCGUUAGACCGCCUGUUUGAGCAGGUCAAGAGAGGAGAUAUCUGUCGGGACAACACUCGCAGAACAAGGAAGUUCUUUGUCGAUGCAAUUCCAAUGGUUGGUACCAGUGCAUCCUUGCGGCUGAUGCGACAGAUGAUUUUAUCUCAAGCGGUCGACACAAACCAGGCCAACAUGUGGCUGACAUCCCUCGCCUUUAUUCAGAACCCAACAAGAGAAAUGCUGGAAGAGAUUGAGCCUCUGAUGGAAUUCACCAAUGUAAAGGCGAAGGCCCGUUUGUCAAUAUCAUCACUGGUGAACAACUACUGCAACAAUCAUGCUACAUGCUCCGAUGACAGAGAAGUGAUGAAGAUCAUCCUGGACCUGGAGAAUGACGUCGGUGCAUGCGACGUCACCGACAGUAACCUUAUUGAUACACUUCAGAUACUGCGAGCGAUUGGAAACAUUGGACAUUCUGAGCGCCUCAGUUUCAGUCUGGAGAAAUGCUUCAACAACAAGAAGAACCCAGCAGAAAUCAGAGUCGCCGCUCUUGAUGCUUUCCGCAGACUACCCUGCAGCACCGACCGUAACAACAUCAUGGAGGUGUUCCUGAACACAGAUGAAGAUUCUGAGUUGCGGAUUGCCGCGUACCUUGCGGUGAUGCAGUGUCCAGUUGAGACGUUCCUCGAUCAGGUGAGGUCGAGCCUGGAGUCAGAGCAGGUCGACCAGGUGGGCUCAUUCGUCUGGUCUCACCUCAUCAACCUGAUGGACACGUCCAGUCCGCUCAGACAGAACAUCAGGGAGAUUCUCGAGGAUGAGACGCUCAAGAAGGACUUCGAUUUGGACAAGAGGAAGUUCUCUAGGAAUUAUGAAGGUUCAUUCUUCUUGGAAAAGAUCAAUGCUGGUGCCAUGGUUGAAAGCAACGUGAUCUGGUCGUCGAGGUCAUUUCUGCCACGUUCAGCAAUGGUGAACUUCACGGUGGAUCUGUUUGGCCAGUCUGUGAAUCUGCUGGAGAUCGGAGGACGCGUGGAAGGACUCGAGUACCUGCUGGAGUCCUAUCUCGGUCCUGAAGGACUGUUCAGGGAGCAGGCUGACACCAAGGGUUAUGCUGAUACAAAGACUAUUAAGAAGGAGAAAAUGGAAAGGCAGAAAAAACUGUACAACCAGUUAAAGGAUGAAUUCCGGGGAGCAUUGUAUCUGAGAGUGUUCGGAAACGAGCUGCUGUACAAACAUUUUGACACGCUAGACUCAUCGACAUCUGGAGAGAAGUUCAAUAUCCUAGAGUACCUGAUCAAACUGUCCAAAAACCAGGACUACACCUACACCCAGAGCUUCAUGUUCCUGGACAGUAGUCUUGUGAUACCCACCAGUGCAGGACUCCCGCUCAAUCUCACUGUCAAUGGAACUGUGACGGUGGACAUGACGGCAUCAGGGAAAUUUGAUGUCAGGAAGUUCCAGACACAGAGGAGUCUGUUAAUAGAUGGACAUGUUCAACCUAGUGGCGCUGUGGAGAUAGUGAGCACCAUGUCGGUUGAUGCGUUUGUCACCAAAGUUGGACUGAAGAUGAUUUCGACCCUUCACUCCAGUUCAUCGGUGAAGGGUAGGCUGGAGCUGGUACGAGGAAAAAUAUUCAGUCUGGAGUUUGAUUUGCCAAAAGACAAAAUAGAAAUUUUUGACUUCAAGUCAAGGUUCUUCAUAACCCAUGACAACCAUCAGCGAGAACAGAAGAUGAUUGAGGCAAACCGGAAGUAUAAACUGGUAUGCUGGGGAACCCGCCUCGCCAAGCUGACUGGGGUGGAGCUGUGUGGAGAGAUGGGCUUCCCCAACGCCUCCAUGAACACCAAGUCCCCCUACUUCCCGUUCACCGGACCAGUCAACAUCGCAUUUGUGCUGCACAAGCGAGACAUCCACUAUGGCUAUAAGAUGGUCAUCAAGGCAAGCCAUAACAAGGAAACCACAUAUGGUCAGAUUGCGUUUGACACACCUGGGUCUAAAGUAAACCGAGCCCUGUCUUUAGAUAUGUCACUUCAUUACAAGACAAAAGAAGUGGAAAUAGCUUUGCUUUCACCAUGGAAAAAAGCCAGUAUUAAAGGAGACUUUACAAACACAGACAAGCUGAAGAAGGUAACAGGCAAACUGGUGGUGGAUGAUAUCAAGGAAUAUUUCAUUUCCACGGAAAUACCAAUUGAGAAGAAGGGAAAGAAGACGGUGUACUCGCCUGACCUCAAGGUCAAGUGGCCCUACUCUGAAGGCGUUCAUUUCAGUGGAGUUGUUUCCCUUCAGUCUCUGUAUGAGAACGUAGAUGCAGACUUGACUUUGGCUGGAAUUACUGAAUUUCCUGUUAAAUUACAAGGUUCGCUGGUGAACAAACAGUCAGAGAAAGGCAUCACAGGAUCCAUUAUGCUGAGACCACAGCAAGAGUAUUCGAUAGCGGCAAAUGUUCUUCAUAAGAAGAGUGGAAAACGAAACCCUCAGCUGAAGCUGAUCCCAACUCUGAGCAUCAAGUCUCCCGAAUUCACACUGCUGUCAGUCGCAGGAACCGUGGAUUUCAAGAAGAACAAGAGUCUGAAGACAAACAUCAUCAUAAACGUGGACAAAUAUUUAAAAAAAGCAAUCAGUGUGACAUCUACUGUAACCAGGAGUGAGAAUGCCAAAGUGAAACGGGUCAAAUACAAAGGAUAUGUGAACCUGAAGUGCCAGUUCAUCUCCACCAAGCUGAGUGGCACAUUCGAUUAUGCAAAGAAAACUUGCAACACCAAACUGACCUUAGACUACAGUUUGCCACAGGUGGCAAAGAACAGCAUUACUGUUGGGAUGAAGGUCAUCAACAGAACCACAGAGAGUCUGAAGAAGUAUUUUCUUAAUGGAAAUAUAGAUGUGAAGAAAAAUCCGGAAUAUAACCUGAUGUUUGAGGUUGAUCUAAACCACAACCGACAGCACAGUGAGGUGAACCUCAAGGCCAAGCAUGGCAAUAGUAUCAAGAACAAGAAAGACAUCAGACAACAGCUGACGGCCUCGGCAACCUUCAGUCACAAGAACUUCCCCGCAGCACGAGGAUCCAUCGACUACACUCUUAGAACUGAAUAUCCAAAUUGGAAUAUCAACUAUCUUGUGAAAGGAGACCAUGGAUGGAGCAAGAACUCAUUCACAUCAAGCUUGGAUAUCCGGAAGAAAAAGAAAUCAGUAGUGGAGGUCUUGCUUAGACUGAGAGAUCAAAGCAAAAGGCUAAAGAAACUUGAUGCCACUUUCAAUGUGAUUGCUUUUGGUCAACAGAUCACUCUGUUCAGUAACUUCACCGAAACAUCACGAAGAGAAUAUCUACACAUCUUCAACUUCCAGCAUGAGAAAGGACACAAGUCUACGGCAGUUACGCGGUACAAGGAGUCUGCUGACAAUUUGCAUGAGCUGUCCACAGAUGUGUUGAUAGAUGGGUACAGUCCGCUUCAUGUUGAUGCACUGGCAAAACUGAACUGGCAAGAUUUUAGAGCAUCAGUACAAGGAAAUUUAGACAAUCAGAGAUAUGGAGUGGAUGUUUCAUCGAAAACUAAUAAACGACCAUAUGGAAAGUGGACUGGAUUGUUGCGCAUACCAUCCAGAACUAUGAAAACUAGCAUAGAAGGAGGCAAGAAAGGAAACAAAUAUAUUGGUAAUGCAGAGGUUGCAUGGGAUGUAGAUAAAGAUGAAGAGGCAAAAAUUACUGUGGAAUCGGAUUUCACUCCUAAUGUCCAGAAAGGAGAGGCAUAUAAGAUUGCUGGGAAAAUCCAUCUGACAACUCCUUUUAAAAAUGCUAGAAAGCUUUCUGGUGAAAUGUUGUAUGCAAAUAAAAAUAAACAUUUCACCUACACCACCAAGCUGGACUGGGGAGGUAAAAACAAAGAAAUGUCUGUCAAUGUGGAUUUAGUUAAACCUUUUGACAUCAAUAAUGUCGGAGUACUGCUGGCAGCAACAACACCAUUUGAGGGGUUCAGUGAUGUUGAAGUGUCACUUCAGCAUAAAAAUGACAAAACGCUACACAGCCAACUGAAAGGGAAGUGGGGACCAAAGUACUUCGAUAUCAGACUGGAAGAAUCACACAUGUUUGCAAUGGGCCAAGUAGAUGUUGAGGGACAAAUCGAGUGGAAAUCGAGCAUCUCACGCUACCAGACAUUGAGUGCCAGUUUCAAACACAAUCACGAUAGACACUCCAUUUCUACUCAGGCAGAAGCCUAUGAUAAUGGCAAUAAAUACAGUUCUUCCUUGAAAGCAUCUUAUCUCAAAAUUGUCUGGGACUUCAAAAUGGAUGGAACGAUUGCAGUUACUUAUCCUGGAAAAUCAAUUGUUACAACAAUACAUCAUAGCCAUUCUCCACUGAUGGCUUUAAAGAGUACCUUUUAUUCAAAAUGGGACCAUGAUCAAAGUAUAAGUAUUGAUAUCAGUGCAAGUCAUGAAAACAUAGUUAAUAGAAAAAUCAAUGGUGUGAUAUUGAUUCAAACACCAUGGGAUGAAGCCAAAGAUAUUGAAAUUAAUAUAAAUCAUGAACAAGGAACAGAUUUUGUCCGAAGUAUAACAUUUUAUAAACAUGACAAGAGGACAAAAGGAAAAAUUGAUGUUUCAUACAAAAAAACAAGAGGAGAAGUGGAAUUUGAUUUCAUCCUAAUGAACCCAUAUACUCAGGAUCUGAAAAGUAAACUGAAUACCAGAUAUGGUAAACCUUUUAAGACUGGACAUUUUGAGCUGGAGUGGUCACACUCUGACAAGAUAUCAGUUGAUGGUUCAUUUAGCAUUGAUCCUAAAACAUACAGUUACAGUGGAAACUUCAGAAUAGUAACACCAUUUGAAGUAGCCCACUCCAUUGUAAUUAAAACAAAGACACAAUUAGAGGGGAAGGAAAGAGUGUCAGAUUUCUUUGUCGAAUAUGGCAAUAGGAAAUACUUCAAGGCGGAAACACGUUCUCAGUUUGAUGACGUCAAGAAAAUCAGAGGUAAAAUUGAUACAUCAUUGUUCGAAAAUGUCACUCACAUUGAAGUAGGAUUUGAAAUGUCUGGAGCAUAUGUCUCAGGUCUCACAGCCAGUGCUGACUUCGAGAUACAACCAGCUAUUGGAAAGAUUAGCACAAGUCUGAGCUGGACAAUGCAACCUGAAUUUUACACAAAAUUGAGGAUUGAUACACCUUUCAAAGAAUUCCAUUUCCUUGAGGUCACGUCAUCAGGUCAGCAGGAAAGAUCUGGUAGUACCCGACGUCACCUGGAAAUUAAAUACCAUCCACGGAAUGUCUUGAGGAUGGACACGACAUACAAUAUCAGAAAGUGGCAGGAUCUACAUACUUCGGUUGAGAUUAGGACACCUUUCAGUGUUCUUCCUAAACUGGAAGCUGACUUAUCAUUCAAGAAAACAAACACUGCAAUGGAAGGUAAGGCUUUGGUCAAAACACCGUUCAAAAAAGUGAAAGAUAUUUCUCUUGCUUUCACUCAUCUGCAAACUGAACAAGUUAUUCAAACACAUGUGGAGACAAAAUUUAGUGGUGGCAAACACAUCGAGGCUGAUUUACAUCUGCUAACAAAUGAUGGCUUCGAUGGCACAUUCUCUUUCCAAAGUCCUUAUGAUCCAGUAACGGAUGUUCACAUCAGCAUAAAACACGAAGGUACAAGGGGCAAUUUCAGCUCUCAUGCUGAAUUAAACUACAGCAAUAAAAGAUUUGAAGCUGAUGCCAACUUCCUCUAUGGGGCAAACAUGGUUGGUUCUUUUGCCAUCAAAACUCCAUACAAAGGAUUUGAAGAUCUGAAAGUGGAAUUCACUAAACAAGGACCUCUAAGAGAUUUUGAUAUCAAAGGUGCAGUAAACUAUGACAACAUGAACAAGAAAAUUGAAGUAUCUCUGAAACAGAAACACAUUGAAGAUACCCAGAUGUUUAUUGCUGCCACAUUUAAGUCACCAUACACCAUGGAUUUCUCUCUGGUAGUAGAUCACAAUGGGAAAAAUAGUCCAAUCAGCAACAACAUUAACAUGACAUUGGGCAUCGACUACUUAUUUGAAAGUGAUAACCGCAUUAGUUAUGAUGACCUUGCAGUGUCUGUAUUAACAGAUGUCAGUUACAAAUGGAAACGACGACAUUCAAAUAUUAAGUUGUCUUUUAGAAAGGACCUUCAAAACAUUAAUAUGGAAAUGACUGCUGAUAAAGAAUUCAAAUUGACUUCUGCAUUCAAAAAGGGAAACAAAAUUGAAGGUGAUUUCCAGAUGAAGUUGCCAUUGAAGGUACUGCCAAAUUUGGGUUUCUCCUUUGACCACACUGGCAGUGAGAAUAGAUUUGUCACAAAUAGUAGACUGAACUGGGGAAAUGAUGAAUUUAUUGAAGGAAAGCUUGAUUUCUUCCGAGUCAAAACACAGCGUGUGGAAGCCACUCUUGAUGUCAACUCACACUUCCUUGGUUAUGAAAGUAGCACAGUCCAUUAUGAGCAUCAGCUGAAGAAAACAAAGCUAAAAGCAGUCGCUAAUUUGGCAGUGGGGAGCAGAGGUCCAUAUGCUCUUGAACUGACGUCGACAAAGACAUCGCCGGAAGACAUUGGUUACAUAGUGAAAGUGAACACUCCGCAUACUGGAUACAAACAUCUGAAACUUGAAGGUAAAAUUCGCCAAACUAACAACCGAAUAUUUGUCUCGGGUGAAACAGAAGUUGGCAAGCAUGGCACAGUAUCAUUUGAAUCUACCAUAGACAUCAACUCGGACCCCAAAACACUGUCGAUCAAGGUCAGAACACCAUUUGAAAACUUUGCCUCCAUAGAUAUUUUUGGUACACUCCGUGGAAGACUGGAUGAUUUUAAGACAACUUUCUCAUUUCAUUCACCACGAACGGGAAGCCUGUCUGGCGAGAUGUCUUCACAGUAUAUUUCUCCAUACAGUGUGAAUGUCCAACUGGCUUUAAAGACUGAGUACGAGAGAUUCAGCAACUUGAAAGUGGUCAUGAGAAGAUCAAGAAGUGGGCCAGAAUAUCACGAGUAUGCUGAAAUUGUUUGGAACAAAAGCAAGCCAGUUACAGUAGACAUAGUAUAUGUUUUGUCAGAUGAUGAGGUUUCUUGCGAAAUUUCAAUAACAACACCGUUUGACGAGUGUCGAAGCUUCAGCUGCAAAGUUGACCAUAUGUACAGAAACAAUAAGCUAAAGGACUUGGCUCUUAUCACACACAAUGGCAGGACAUAUUUUGAUGCAGAUAUUACAUACGAGUUUAGUUCAGGUCACCAGACAGCCAUUAACAUUAGGCAGCCCCAGCCACUGGAAGCCACAAUGUCCUACAGAAACACCAGAACUGAAUUCAUCAACGAACUGUUCCUCAACUGGGACAAGAGAGACCCAGAAGGCAACAUUCGGUUUGUGAUCGAGUACAACAACAGACUGCCACCAGUGGGUAUAGAUGGAGAUUUCCAAGUCAAGGUUAUCCAUCCCGCUCGUGUCCUGGGUGUGGAGGGUACGUACAGAAACACUCCAAAACACCUCCAUAAGAAGGCUUUGAUCACGUGGGACCAGGCACAAGGGGGUUCUCUAGCCUACGACAUGGAGUGGUUGGAUCAGAGCACGUGGAACAGAGAUGGCCAACAAAGCAGUGUGAUGCUCGUCCUGCCCAUGAGAAGCAUCAAGGCUAGUGGUUCGUUCAGCAAUACCAGCACAACACGCUCCAUGGAUGUUUCCUUCCUGUGGGAUGCUGACCGGGACCAGAGGAAACAGGUUGGGCUGAAGGUUGACUAUGACAACAGAGGGAAAUCAAGGAAAACGGACCUCCUCCUACAUCUACCAGCAAUCAACAAGGAUUAUAAACUGGGCACUGAUGUGAUCCUUAACCAUGGCAACACACUAUUUGAUGGCCGAUUGGACUUCUCAUACUCCAGAAAUUCAAAGAAGACGAUUGUUCUGACCUCCAAGGUUGAAAAGAUUUACUGGAACCAAAUGACCGGAGACAGAAAUCUGAGUGUUGCGUUUGGAGUGACACACCCUAUUACGGACAUCGACAUCCAGAUGAGGUCACACAUGGGCCACAUUGACAGCACAUAUUCUGGAGGUAUGGAUAUCAGGUACUUGACAGCUGAACGUAUACAGAAGAACAUUGCCCUUCGUGGUGAACUGGACAAACUGCGUCGACAGAUAGAUCUUCAGAUGAUGACUCCAAUACAGAAUAUCCGCAUCAGUGGGAAAAUGGAUACCAAAUUGCCGUACCAUAUGACAGUGAAGAAGGUGUAUGGUAACUCCAGAUCUGUGAAUGCUGACUUAGUGAUUGAUCCAAGAAGCCGAACACUUGAGUUCACCAUGGUCUAUGAUGAAGAUAAACCACAAGACAAGGUUCGCCUUUCAGCUAAGUACAUCAAUGACAGUGCUAUACAAGCUGAGAUGCACCGUGAGCAGGAUUCACAGGUUUUCUCCGAGAGUCUGAUCGCAAUUCGUCUCAACUCGUCACAUAUCCUGCACACAAAGGUCACCUGGAGACCAAUGGCAAUUGUGGAGCUUCAGCGAUAUCUAUCAAUGAAGUCUCAGAUCAUGUCCUACAAAGUGAGUGAGUUGAUGAAGGCAGUGAAUGAGGCCAUUGCCACGGAGGUUGUCGGCAAGUACAACGCGUUGGCACGGGAACUGAGUGAGGAGCUGGAGCCGACGUUCAUGCUGUUUGAGAAGGAGAUGGAGAACAUUGAGCUCAGUCUCAGACACAUACAGACUCAGAUGCGUCGCGCUUACAUGCGGAACGACCUGUACAUCCGCGACAUGGAGAAAUCUGUGAAUAUAGCAUUUAGUACACUGAUGGGCUCUUUCAGGUCUUUUGUUAAGGAUUUCAGACAGUUCUGUGAUGAAACGGAAAUUGCUUUAACACAGUUUACCAAUGCUCUCAGAAGUUAUCCCAUGGCUCAGAAGUAUGCAGGAUUUGUGAACGAAGUUGUAAGCAAACUAAAGAUGGCUAGAGAAACAGCUCGUGCAACAAUGUAUGGACUGUCUGCAAUGCUUGAAGAUAUGUCAGAUAACCUCUACCGAGUAUACUUAGAUCGCACAAGAAAACUAGGGCGAAAGGUUAACGAAAUCCUGAAUCACCCUGACAUCAAGAUGUUACAAAGACACUACAACACCAUCAGGUCAAACAUGAAUGCUCUUCCUGACAUCGACUACUCCAAGUACGCGUCUGUGCUGGACAACCACAUCCAGACGGCCCUCGAGAAGCUGCAGAUGAGGAAAACCUACAACAACAUUCUGAGUCAAACCAACGAGGUCAUCAAGACGCAGAUGAACGCGGUCAUCAAUGAUCCGGAUAUCCAGAAGGCUCACACAUUGCUCAACGAAAUGUAUCAACAGGGCAAAUGGGCAUACAACUAUUGGAGCUUGGAUGGCAAGGUGCGGGGUGCGAUGAUGAAAGUGUACGAGCUCACUAAAGACGCCCUCUUCAAGGAGAUCAAUGAUCUGAAGGACACCUGGAUGGAUCUCGACAAGUCGAGGAUCGUUGUGUUUGAUCCGCAACGGGGAGAACUGCAGUUCGACCUUUAUCUUCCAUUUCCUCUCCAGUCCCUGGCUCACCCAGUGGAUUACAGCUUUGACAAGUACAUAACAAAAGCCACACGGUUCGUCCACCGAUACAUUCCCGGAACGAAGCGGUCGAUCUGGAGCAAAUAUCUGACCCCACUGGACACAGUCAGAUGGGCACAGCCAUUCGAUGGUUAUGCUUCUGUGGUUGGAAACCAGCAUUUCAUCACGUUUGACAAGACUCACUUUGACUUUGCUGGACGCUGCAGCUAUGUGCUGGUUCGUGACAUGGUAGACGACAACUUCACGGUUGUACUUAACUACAACAACAACUACCGCAACCCCAAGAAGGAGUCCAUUCUGGUUAUGUUGAGAGGGGUCAACAUUGAAGUCAACCAGAAGAGUGAGGUCAAGGUCAAUGACAGACGAGUUGAACUUCCCUUCAGUCAGAAGAAGAUCGUUGCCUUGAAGGAAGACCAUGUGAUACGCAUCAAGGACGGCUCCGGUUUGCUGGUCGAAGUUGAUCCUCUCCACAACAUCCACACCAUCCAUGUCAGUUACUGGUACCACGGCAGAACGGCCGGUGUCCUCGGCACCUACGACAAUGACAAGACCAAUGAGAUGAUGACGUCAAGCCAUGAAGUGGUUGAUGAUGUCACGAGUUUUGUGAAUUCGUGGGAAAUUGGUAAGAAGAGCUGUAGAUCGAUGAACGCUGCCAGAAAGAUUGAUGUCGAUGUGGAUGAGGAUGGGAAACGCUACACGGCAUGUGCCUCUCUGUUCAAGGAGCCAGGAUCGUGGUUAGCACCAUGCUACUCUCAGGUUGAACCUGGUCAGUUCUUUGACCUAUGCUUGGGUUAUAUAGAAAGGUUGACCCUCUCAGAAGGAAAAUGUUUGGCAGCCACACAGUAUCAUCACCUUUGUAGACAAGCUGGUGUUUAUGUGCAGAUACCUACUGAAUGUGUGAGCUGCUCAACAAUUAAUCAGGAAAUGUUCUACAAGGAUAUUGAGCUCAAAGUCGGAGGCAAGAACCCAGUCCCUCAUUCUGCAGAUGUUGUUAUAGUGUACGAGGAGAAGAAAACUAAAAUGUGGACUCCAAUUACCCUCGGCCAGUUGGUUCAGGAGGUUAACAAUGCAUUAACUGCAUUAAAUCUCAGGGAUAACAUGUUUGGUCUUGUCGGAUACGGUGGCCCAAACCAGCUCGUCAAAGAGCAUGUCCACACCUUUGACGGUCAGAUAUUCGGAAAAGCCGUCAGCUUCCUGAAAGGAGUUGAAGACAUCCAGUAUUCAUCCUCCAGAGUUGCAGGGAACGCCAUGGAUGCCCUGAGAUACACCACUCACCUGCCGUUCAGAACCGGGGUGUCCAAGAUCAUCAUCUUCAUCCCAGCUCUGGCGUGUGAGACAAGUGUCAUCUCCCCAUACAUGGAGAACAGACUCAAGUCCAACGGGUUCGUCAUGCACGUCCUCCGCAAUUACAAAAUAGAAGUAGGCAGUGACAUACCUCUUCGGAACAACGUUGUUUUUGGUAUGGACAAAAGCCAGUUCAUACUCUUCAAGAAUCGAAAUAACCGAAAUCCAGAUCUCUACAAUGGAGUAGUUCUACCCACAGACAAAUGUUCUUCACUUGCCUUGGCUACUAACGGCUCCAUCUUUGACUCGAGUCACAUGACUUCCACUAAUACCAGACUACAGCGAGACUUCCUCCGCAAGUUUGCUGCACGUGUUGGAGUAACAGCAGCUCCCCCCCUGUGUCAGAUGUGCAGCUGUGAACACGACGGAUAUGGCCAAGGGAAAUCAGUCUGCAAGCCAUGCGACAGGAGCUUUUCUGUUUGGAAUUAUAUUCCUAACUGGUGGAGCAAUAACAGGAUACCAGGACGUUUAACAGAUUUUGACCCACUGCAGGAUUACCUUGCUUUGGAUGCACCACUUCGCCUAAUUCAAUAUAACCCAGAGUAACCUUGGACAUAAAUAGCAAACAGCAUAACCGUCUUCCUUUUUAAUGUGCUCUAACAGGAACAGUUCAGUUUGUGCACAUUUCAGCCAUUCUAGGUGAAUUGUUCUUUGUAGUAAUUUAUAUUUGUCUGUGUAUGUAGUCAACUGUGUUAUCAGUUGUUAGAUUUGUCAACGGCAUUAUUCACACUGGUUUCUUUAAUGUGUUCUGUUGAUAUCCCAAGCUUGACACAAUUCACAGAAUACAGAUUAUUUGCACUAGUUUUUAUAAUUGCUUUCUCGAAUAUUUUAUGUUAGCAAGAGUAUUAAUUUGGUAAAUAGUAAAUAUAGACAUAAUUUUCAAAUUUCCAGUGAUGAAGAAUGAUUUACCUUAUUUGUAUUCUUAACUACAGAAUUACUGUUUCCACAAAUUUAAAUUUCUUAAACCAUUCCAAAGAGUCUUCACAUGAAAUAGCUGUUUGUUUUUAACUGUAUCUGAAUAUGUAUGCAUGUAAUAUUGUCAACUAUAUCACUUACAUUGUAACUGUACUUUGAUUUUAGUAAUAAACUGUCAAUAAAAGUAGAGAUGUACAAAGAUAUCCAUAUGUUUUAUUAUUGUGAUAUAUGUACUUGAUAGUUAGUUAGAUUAAAUAAUGUGUUUCAUUUUUAUAAUUGUAGUUAGAUUUUCCUAUGCACUUUUUAUUGGAUUUUAUUAUAUUUUGUUUUCAAAAAUAUAAUUAGUUCUAGUAUACAUCUAUUCAUUUCAGCUUAGAAGAGUUCUUAAUCCACAAAUUAUUAAUUCAGUGCCUGUUAUUAAUGUAAUUUAUUCAUUUAUAGAAAUAGAAUAAUAUUUUAAUUAUUAAGCUGUCUAUGAACAGUUAAUUUUCAGUGCAUAGAUUUUAAAAAAUGUUAUAGUCAAUAUUAUUUGUUCUAGUUUAUUAAGUAAUAUUUUGGGAGAAAACAUUUGAAAAAUUUAGAUUUUGUCUAUUUAAUGGGUCAUUAUUCUUAAUUUUCUAAAAUGUAUUCCAACUAGACAAAUGGGAAACUAUGUGUAUGUACCAACAGGUGUAAAUAAAUUCAUUUCACUUUUGUAAAUAUGUUUUUUUUAUAUUUAUCUGUCUUGAAAUAAAGAUUAAUUUCCUUGAAA